GAAUGCGUUUGCAUCUCUUACACCGCACCACUACCUUCUUUCUUCUUCGUUCUCGAAUCUAAUGUUGAGUUCAAGCACUACCAACAAAUCAAGAACAAUGCAUCAUCAUCAUCAGCAUCAACCACUAUGCACACGCACGCACCAGAUCGGCGCCUUAAUCUUAGUUGCCGCUACAUUCUUCUUCACUAGACUCUUAAACGCGCCUUGUAGCUUCUCAUCUGCUGUGUCGCAGCGGAAGUUUGUCGGUGUUCACCCGUUACUGGAAUCUGAAGAAUUAACGGUUAAGAUCUAUGUUUAUGAUGAGAAUGAGAUUGAUGGGUUGAAAGAGCUUUUGAAAGGACGGGAUGGGAAGAUUACGCCGGAGGCUUGCUUGAAAGGACAGUGGGGUAGUCAGGUAAAAAUACACAAGUUACUUUUAGAAUCAAGAUACAGGACGAGAAAGAAGGAGGAAGCGGAUCUGUUCUUUGUUCCAUCGUAUGUUAAGUGUGCGCGGAUGAUGGGUGGACUUAAUGACAAAGAGAUUAAUCACACUUAUGUUAAAGUUAUUAGUCAAAUGCCGUAUUUUCGGUUAUCUGGAGGCAGGAACCACAUAUUUGUUUUCCCAAGUGGAGCUGGAGCUCACUUGUUCAAGUCUUGGGCAACAUAUAUAAAUCGCUCCAUUAUUCUUACCCCUGAGGGGGAUCGCACUGAUAAGAGAGAUACCAGUGCCUUUAAUACAUGGAAAGAUAUAAUCAUUCCAGGUAAUAUCGAAGAUGGUAUGACCAAGGCUGGGUCUCCCAUGGUCCAGCCUUUGCCUCUGUCUAAGAGGAAAUACUUGGCAAAUUAUUUAGGACGUGCACAAGGAAAAGCUGGUCGUCUUCAGCUAAUUGAGCUUUCCAAACAAUUUCCAGAGAAGUUGGAAUGUCCAGAUUUGAAAUUCAGUGGAGGGGAAAAGCUGGGAAGGAAGGAUUAUUUUGAACACUUGCGCAAUUCCAAGUUUUGCCUCGCCCCAAGAGGGGAGUCAUCUUGGACCCUUCGAUUUUACGAGUCUUUUUUUGUGGAAUGUGUUCCAGUUAUAUUAUCAGAUCAAAUAGAACUGCCAUUCCAGAAUGUCAUCGAUUACAGUCAGAUAUCAAUAAAGUGGCCAUCCAGUCGAAUAGGUCCUGAACUAUUGCAGUAUUUGGAAUCCAUUCCAGAUAAAGACAUAGAAGCAAUAAUAGCUCGCGGUCGACAAGUUAGGUGCAUGUGGGUCUAUGCUUCAGAUUCCAAACCUUGUUCAGCAAUGCGUGGAAUCAUGUGGGAACUGCAGAGGAAAGUAAGGCAAUUUCACCAAUCAGCUGAAACAUUUUGGUUGCACAAUGGAUCUUUUGUAAACAGAAACUUGGUCGAAUUUACAAAAUGGAAACUCCCUGUACCUUUGCCUUGAUAAGAUUGGCAUAUAGUUUUUCUUGUAUAAAGUAUUUUAUUGUUACUAUUAUUCAAGUCUUGAUUCUUUACAUAGUUCAUCA